AUGGGAAACUUGGGAGAUUUUGGGCUUGCUAUAUUCCAUGAUCAUGGUGCUACCUUCGAAGCCUCGCGUGUGGUAGGAACCAUUGGUUACAUGGCUCCAGAGGUUGCAGCAAUGGGUGUGGCUAAUGAGGCGACUGAUGUUUGUGGGAGAAGAGAUGCUUUAAUGGAUAGCGUUGACAUUAAACUAGCAGGAAACUUCAGAGUGGAAGAAGCUGAGCUGAUUUUGAAGCUAGGCAUGCUCUGCUCCCAGCAUGACCCAAAAAAGAGACCUACUAUGAAAGAUAUAACAGAGUAUCUUGAAAACAAAAGAAGUAUCCCAUACAUGUCAUUUGAUGUAGCUGAGUUUGGGAUACCUAUUGUGCCCAUUAUAAGCGAUGAAACGGUAACAGCACAAGGAACUACUUUGUCGUUUGCUAGUUUCUUAUAUGACACCAUCACAGUCCUAUUUAGAGGUCGUUAA